GGGGAGGUAGAGCUUCAAGGCCACUUUCAAAUUCCAUUGGUUCAGUAGUCAUGUGGCUGUACAGAGGCUUCCACAAUUACACAGGGAAUAUUUUGUUAGAGAUGUCAGCUUACAAAGGACAUCCUCUGCUUUCCUCAAAUUGCUCUCCAGAAUGUCCUGUCCCAAUAGCUCUCCCACCACUAACUCGUUUUUAGUAGAUUCCCUGAUUAGUGCUUGCAGGGGUGACAGCUUCUACUCAAGCAGCUCCCUAUACAUGCCGUCGAGCACAGAUAUGGGAACUUACGGAAUGCAGACUUGUGGACUGCUCCCGACCAUGACCAAACGUGGAGAGAUCACCCACCAAAAUACGAGUAUGAGCGUCCAUCCGUAUUUAUCUCAGGUGGAUGGUUGGGCCGACCCUUCGAGACCGUGCCGAAUUGAGCAACCUGUUACUCCACAGAUUCCCACGUGUUUUCCGACUAGCAUCAAGGAAGAAAGCACUUGCUGCAUGUAUAAUUCUGAUAAGCGAGGCAAACUCAAUUCUGCCGCAAUUCCUACCUAUCCCAGGCUGGUGUCCGAAAGCUGUUCAAUUGAGAACCCCGAAAUUCCCAUCCCGGGCUAUUUCAGGCUCUGCCAGGCUUACCCACUAGAAAAAAGUCUGGAUUAUAAUCACGCCGGAGAGAUCAGCUCAAAUAUAGUGCCGCACUCAAGCCCUGGGUUCAUCAGUAAACUUAAGGUGCCCAACCAGACUCCAACGGAAACGAAAAUAACCGAGAAGCCAAACGCCCAGGAAUCCAUUAAGGGAAUAUAUGUAGAAAGUCCCGAGCCAAAACCGAGUUCACUGGAGGCCAAUGCAACCGCUAAAGAAGGCGAGUCUGGCUCAGAAAUGUCGGACAAAGAGGCUGAAGAAGAAGCCAAAGCUCCGAUAAGCAACUGGCUAACAGCAAAUAGUGGAAGGAAAAAGAGGUGUCCUUAUACAAAACAUCAAACUCUGGAAUUAGAGAAAGAGUUUUUAUUUAAUAUGUAUCUGACUCGUGAGCGCCGUCUAGAGAUAAGCAAGAGCGUGAAUCUGACCGAUAGACAAGUGAAGAUCUGGUUUCAAAAUCGUAGAAUGAAGCUGAAGAAAAUGAGCAGAGAAAACCGAAUUCGAGAACUGACCACUAACCUGACCUUCUCGUGAGCGUGAUACACGGAUUCGAACGUGACCCAGUGGCAGUUUCAUAAUGGGGACUGUGGAAUAAGUCUGUUUAUCCACUCUGGGAUAUUGUCGAUGAUUCUGUUCUCAAUGUUUUAGCGUAAUGGUUGUCUGAAAGAACAAUAGCACGUUUGCCUUAGCAAGAAUAUUUUUCUAAGAAUGUUCUAUUGAGUAACAGACUAACAACUUACCUUGCUUAGCAGGCAAAACUUAAGCUAUUUGACAUGAUAUGGUCUUCGUGCAAUUUGAGAAAACUUUACGGUUCAUCAGAACACGAUUUGAUGUGCUAAUUACAGUUAUGUUUAAACCAUGGUCCUAUAAAUACAAUGUUUAGGUCUAUAUAUGAAACAUUUUUGGUUGGUUUCUGAAAAGUGCGAUGCAGUCGUAAUGUAAUUUUUCGUUUAUUUAUAUGCAUGUCCUAAAUUAUAUCUCAACUUCUCUACACCCCCUUUCAAGUAGGGGCUCUUUGCUAAUGGCUAUAGGCAGAAUUGUUAAGUUAAUGUGGACAAUGUAAUCAAAAUGUUUUAAUUACGAUAGAUACGUCUUCUUCUUCUUCUUCUUAAGUCCAUCACCCCUAUUGGGGCACAGGCCGCCGGCAACAGUUUGGCAGUGUUCUCUGUCCUGUGCCGGUCCUUCAGUCUUAAAAGGUGCAGAGUCCAUUGAAGAUCCUUCCUCUUCCCGGGAUGAGGUCUUUGGAGCUUCUUUUGGCGUUUCUGUAACGCUGGGUUUUUUUAUGGGAUGGGGUUGGCAGCCCCAUCGCCAACUCUCCUCCUUUCGCAGUCGGGCUUGGGGCCGUCCAUGGCGGAGUUAAACACGUCUUUGGUUCAAUAAAUUUAAUGCAUUUAAUAUCAUAAUGCAAUUCCAUAUCAUUUCCUAAAACAUUAUAAAACAAAGUUCAGUUGAGGGUCAAGUGACCAAUAUUAAAUCCGCAGGGCAGUUUUCUCUAUUCAAAUUAAACCAAAGAGCAGGAUUAGACCCGGCAGCGUGCCCAGUUUGGUAAAGGGCACAUAAUUUAUAAUUGCGCGCAUUUAUUUAUCAAAACAUUACUUUCUGCUCCCGAAAUGUGUUUCAAUAAAUACGAAUUUUUAAAUAAUUAUUGCAUUAACCCCUCUAGCAGAAUAUAAACUGGUAAUAUCCAAACUGAUGUUUUGGGAAUGAAGUGCAAAAAGUCAUUUGCUGCAUAAUGAAUUAGUCUGUUAUAUAAUACUUCAAUGCAUUAACUAAGAAAACGUUCACCGCUAGAUUUUUUUUGUGUUUGACUUUAACCAUGGUAUAAAAACAUUUUUCGUUGAGUCCUUAGUAUUGGUAAACAUAUAUGUCAUGUCUAGCACUAGAUUUUUCGACUUUUUCAAUGUAAAUGAUAAUUCAUCUGCUCGCGUUAUAUUAUCCGGUCAGAAAUAAUAUGAGUACAUUUGGUUGCAAUAUUUGAUCAAGUAUUAAGAAAUACUUUCGUUUCUUCUGUCCAAUCACAGUGGCAUCCUGUAAAUAUUAUCCGCUGCAAAUAAAAUAAAAUAAUACUUUUAGUGACAA